AUGCAACCUAAACCAGGCCUUUCCCGCCUGGCCUCAUCCCCUGACUCUAUGGAGGCAUCCCACCUCGUUUCCAUGUCAUCGCCCCGUGUCUCCCCAUCCCAGUCACGGCUCAAGUACAUGUCCCUGGGCGUGCUGGUGCUGCAGACCACCACACUGGUGCUCACCAUGAGGUACUCGCGCACACUGCAGGGCGAGGGGCCCCGCUACCUAGCCUCCUCAGCCGUGGUGUCGGCCGAACUGCUUAAGAUCCUCAUCUGCCUGCUGCUCGUCUUCUAUGACCACAGCUUCAGUUUUUGUGUGUUGAAUCGGGUGCUGAAGGAAGAGAUUCUCAACAAGCCCAUGGAGACGUUGAAGCUGGCCAUUCCAUCAAGCAUCUACACACUCCAGAAUAACCUUCUCUAUGUCGCCCUGUCCAACCUGGACGCUGCUACCUACCAGGUGACGUACCAGCUGAAGAUCCUGACCACGGCCCUGUUCUCAGUAUCCAUGCUGGGGAAGAGACUGGGGCUCUACCAGUGGCUGUCCCUGCUCAUCCUCAUGACUGGUAUCGUUCUCGUUCAGUGGCCUACAAAGUCUCUGGAUGUGUCAUCUCUGUCUGCAGGCUCCCAGUUAGUCGGUGUGAUAGCCGUACUGAUAGCCUGCUUCUCCAGUGGCUUCGCUGGAGUCUACUUUGAGAAGAUCCUCAAAGAGACCAAACAGAGUGUGUGGGUCCGCAACAUCCAGCUAGGUUUGUUUGACCUAGUGUUUAGUCUAAUGGGAGUGUUUGUGUACGACGGAGAGAGAGUGAGGGAGUCCGGAGCGUUCCAAGGCUACAACCCACUCACCUGGACUGUUGUGGCCCUGCAGGCUCUGGGUGGGUUGGUCAUAGCAACAGUCAUUAAGUAUGCAGACAACAUCCUGAAGGGGUUUGCCACCUCACUCUCCAUCAUCCUGUCAACACUCAUAUCCUACUUCUGGUUGGAGGACUUCGACCCCACCAGUGUGUUCUUCCUAGGAGCAGUGCUGGUCAUUGCUGCCACCUUCCUGUAUGGCUAUGAGGCUGAGGUCUGCCACCAGCCACAGCAGAGUCUAGAUUGGAGCUCCACCUAG